AUGUACUGCUUGAACUAUUAGAAAGAUGAUUGUUUUCUGAAAUAAGCAUCUAAAAGAUGACUGUUUUUCCCUUUUCUUUUCGGUGUUACCCACAGGGCCCAGAACAUUGUGUGAAAUGCCUUCAUUUCAAGGACGGACCGAACUGUGUGGAAAAGUGUCCCGAUGGCCUGCAAGGUGCCAACAGCUUCAUCUUCAAGUAUGCCGAAGUUAACAACGAAUGCCAUCCCUGCCAUGCCAACUGCACCCAAGGGUGCAUUGGACCAAGACUACAAGACUGCAUCGGCUGGAUGGACAGAACACCUCUGAUUGCUGCAGGAGUGAUUGGCAGCCUCUUCAUGGUGGUGAUCAUGGUGUUGAGUGUAGCGGUGUCUGUGCGCCGAAAGAACAUUAAGAAGAAGAGGGCACUUCGCAGAUUUCUGGAGACCGAGUUGGUGGAACCUCUGACUCCCAGUGGAACAGCUCCUAAUCAAGCCCAGCUUCGGAUUCUUAAAGAAACAGAACUUAAAAGAGUCAAGAUCCUUGGUUCUGGAGCCUUUGGAACUGUUUACAAGGGUAUUUGGGUCCCAGAGGGUGAAACUGUGAAAAUUCCUGUGGCCAUCAAAAUUCUUAAUGAGGCCACUGGACCCAAGGCAAAUGUGGAGUUCAUGGACGAGGCUUUGAUAAUGGCCAGCAUGGAGCACCCUCACCUUGUCCGGCUGCUGGGUGUCUGCCUGAGUCCCACUAUCCAGCUGGUGACCCAACUGAUGCCUCAUGGCUGCCUGCUUGACUAUGUCCACGAGCACAAGGACAACAUUGGAUCACAGCUGCUGCUCAACUGGUGUGUCCAGAUUGCCAAGGGAAUGAUGUAUCUGGAGGAGCGUAGACUGGUCCACAGAGAUCUAGCGGCUCGGAACGUCCUCGUCAAAUCGCCGAACCACAUCAAGAUCACAGACUUUGGCUUGUCUCGGCUGCUGGAUGUCAAUGAAAAAGAAUAUAAUGCUGAUGGAGGAAAGAUGCCAAUCAAAUGGAUGGCCCUGGAGUGUAUUCAUUACAGAAAGUUUACCCACCAGAGUGACGUUUGGAGUUAUGGUGUAACCAUAUGGGAACUUAUGACUUUUGGAGGGAAACCAUAUGAUGGAAUUCCUACCAGAGAUAUUCCAGAUCUGCUGGAGAAAGGAGAACGUCUUCCUCAGCCACCCAUCUGUACCAUCGAUGUCUAUAUGGUCAUGGUCAAAUGCUGGAUGAUUGAUGCAGACAGUCGACCCAAGUUCAAGGAGCUAGCUGCAGAGUUCACUCGGAUGGCUCGUGAUCCCCAGCGAUACCUGGUCAUCCAGGGAGAUGACCGCAUGAAGCUGCCCAGCCCCAAUGAUAGCAAGUUUUUCCAGAGCCUGCUAGAAGAGGACGAGCUGGAGGACCUGAUGGAUGCUGAGGAGUACUUGGUUCCUCACUCCUUUAACAUUCCUCCACUGGCAUACACUCCACGCACACGCAUGGACUCCAACAAGAAUCAAUUUGUUUACCAGGAUCCAACUUUCACCAUGGGUGACAUGCUGGCGACUCUACCCAGAGUGGGUAAAACCAUGUCUGGAGGCAGCCUCCCUUCACAGGAACUCGCUGCAGGGGCCCAGAUUAGUGGUGGAUUUGGCCGUGGCAACCAGGAUGACCCUCGCUGCAAUGGCACACUGAGGAAGCAGGCCUCCCCAAGGUCAAGCAACCUUGGUUCAGCUCACACUGCAGGACAAGGCGGAGUAGAGGACAGUGGCGGACAGCGCUACAGUGCAGAUCCCACUGGUCUUUUAAGUGAACGAGGAGAAAAGGAAGACAAGGACAGCUACAUGGUCUCCAUGAGAAACAAGAACUCUGCAGAUCAUCUCCAUCCUGUUGAGGAAAACCCAUUUGUCACACGUCGUAGAAAUGGCGAUGCCCACGUAGUUAUAGAUGGAGCAAGUUGCCACACCUUGCAUAUAGCUGGGGCUACAGAAGCACCGAAAAACCAGUCUGCCCAUGGUGAUGAUGAAUAUAUCAAUGAGCCACUCUACCUGAAUACAUUCCUUAAUCCUGGGGACAAGAAUGGAUUAGCUGGUGCAAUUUCCAUCUCUGGUUCCACGCCCUUCACUGCACAAUCAGUUCUGCAGACAGCAAACCCAUCCACGUCAAGCCACAUUGUUUCCUCCACUGGAUAUGUGGUAACUCCUGGCCUACUCCCCCACCCAACGUAUCCAUCACAUACCUUGCAUCCAGGGCAUACAGGACACGCUCUGCACUCAGGCAUCAGCAGUAGCACAAUGGCGUUUGAUAAGAAAGCCAAGAAAGCAACUUUUGACAAUCCUGAGUAUUGGCAGCACAGUCUCCCUCCAAAGUCCACAUUGCACAACCCCGAGUACCUGCAGGACUGCAGCACACGGUUCUUCUACCGGCAGAAUGGACGCAUUCGCCCUGCUGUGGCGGAAAACCAGGAAUACUUGUCUGAGGCUGCUAUGAAGGCUGGCAAUGUAUUGCCACCCCCUCCAUACAGGCAGAGGAACACUGUGGUGUAGUGACCCACCUGUAGCAUCUGGAGAUGAGAAAUCAUGUCUUUUCAAUGCCGUACUUGGCCUCCUGGGUCCUCCUUGCACCUUUUCUGAAAACUUCUCAUAAUCAUGUCUGAUUGGAGGUCUUCUAUUCUCAUUGUUUGAAUCUGCCUUUCGAUAAUAGACCUACAAUAACUGUCGCAGACAGCUUCAUCUAAGACUUAAGCAAUCUUUUUUAACAUGGCUCCCAAACUAGAAGCAUCUCCUUCACAGAGGGGUCGGGUCUGGCUUGGAGAAAAGGGUUUUUGCAUCUGUAACAACAGAACAAAAACAAUCGAAGAAGAACAAAAAAGUGUUAUUCAAAAAGAAGAACAAUGAUUAUUUUCAUUGACACUGUAAGAUUAAGUUAAUGAACCCAUGAAUUAUUAUUCUUUGUUUUAUGCAUUUUUCUAAUCAAACUAGCUGUGUCUGUGGAAACCAGCUGUUUUAUUUGAAAAUAUUUAUUUUCCAUGGGUUCAGCCUAUAAUGUGAAAUGUGCAUUCGAUUAGAAUCUUCAUUUACCAACAAAACUGACGUCAUGCUGAGAAUGCCUAGAGUAGUUUCCAUUCCUGCUCACGCACUUCUUUGACGUUCUCAAAACAAACUAAAGGCUCCACACACCCACAGUAACAACACACUAAUUCAUACAUACAUACAUUCUAGCACUUUGAGUAUGUUCUGACACGGAAACACAGUUUUUUUUAUUUUCCUAGAAGAUGUAGAAGGUUGUGCAGAGAAGAAGAGAAGAUUUUUUUUUAAAAUGGCCAGUAGCACAGUUCUGUGGUUUUACUACCAUCCACACUAACACGGAUAUUUAUUUUAGAAUUCUUCAUGAACACUUUCCAAAGUAGGAAUGUCUAAAGUUUUUUUAUUUCUCUACAACAUAGUGGAGCUGUUUUUUAUGUUGUUUUUCCCCCUCAAAUCUGUCUUAAUUUGUCCUGAUUUUGAUUCAAUUCAAAUUUUAAUGUAAGCUCAUGAAGUUAAUAGCAAGGAGAAAGGAGUAUUGAGUGUUAGAAAAAGCACAAGAUGUAACAGGGCGUUAGCACUGACGUCACACUGUAUUGCAUAAGAAGCUGCAGCGAGACACAGUGACAAAAAAAAAGAAAGAAAACUCAUACAUUGUCGUGUUUAUUGUGAGAGACAAAAUGAGGCUUAUGGAUUCAAAUAUGGGCAGCAAAUAUCAGUAAAAUUGACUGGAAUCUCACAGAUUGCCUGGACAUGAAUUUUGUUAAAAAAAACUUUGAAAAACAUAUCUGUCACAUAUCUUGAUGUGUCCAUAAUUGCUUAGCAGGGAUCUGUUGUAGAAAAUACCCAUGAAUUCAAACUUUUAUUUUGAAUUACAUUUCCACUCUACUAGACACAUAAAUCUAGCAAAUAGAGCUUGAAGAAAGCCAGAUCAAUGUUUAACAUUUCAGUGGAUUUUGUGCCAAAGUACAGAUUAUUAUUUUUAAAACUGCACAAGAAACUGAUUUUGGGGUAAGUUUUUUAUCUGUAAAAGUUUUACAGAGGGUUUCUUUGUUAAACCACUUUUUUUGUGUUUAAAUGACCAUGGUCGGGGGAAAACUGCACAGGCAACCACCAAAAACAGAUUCUGAAUAUGGUCCAUAAUAGGAGUAAUAAUGAGCCAAUUAUAUGUCAUUACCAGACACAGUUGCAGGAAAAAAGACUGUAUGGACCAAUCAGUGUCUAAGAAGAAGCAAAAGUACAUCAAAGGCAACCAAAAAGAUUUUUGCAAUACCUUGUUUUCAGAAAUACAAAACUAUCUUGGCAUCACUGUCUGGGGAGCCUGUCCAAAAGAGACAAUUUCUUUAUUUAAGUAUUAAAUAUCAAGUAAAAACAUAAUUUCUUUUCAUUUUUAUUUUUACAUUAUUGGUUAAAGAUUUCAGUUUAUCACUUUUUUUUUUUUUUUUUUUACUUAUGACAGUCUUUCUGUAAACUGACAAUACUGCAGGAUGCCACAUAAACCCUCAUAAAGACCACUACCAUCUAUCAUCAAAUAGACAAUGAAGGCUUACACAAGCACAGUUGAUAAUUAAAUUACACUUAAUGUUUUUGGACAGCUAAAUAACUGCUGAUAAUUUCGCUCUAAACACAAUUCAUGCAUACUGUAUCUUUUUCACAUGAUGCAAGUUUAACCUUGUAUAACUAUUAUUUUGAUUUCAUUUUAUAAAUCAUCACUCAUCCCUUUAGAGGUCUGAUAAUAUUAUAUGAAGCUAAGUGACACAAUUUCAAUUUCAGGAAAACGUCUUGAAUAAUAAUUUAAUUCACUGGAUCAAAUAAGUUAUUUCUUUUCUAACACUGCAGUUUUUGUAAUAUGGGUGAAAGUAUCAAAGGCUGAGAUUCCUUAGAUCUAUGUAGGUAGUAUAAGUCCACCCUACCAGAACAGAAGCCCAUUCUCUCAAAAGAAUAGUUCUUCAUUAAAUAUAUUUUAUUAUGUAGUAUUUCAGCUUUAUUUUAUCUUUGAUUUGCUUACUUCUUAAUCCACUUUGGUAUGAGGAUAUUAACAGCACAUUCCUACCCCCAACUUGACAUCUAAUGUCAGGUUUUGAUUCCAGAGUUGGACCUUCAAUGCAGAGAAACAGGCAGAAGCAGCAGGGUGAAUGGAAAAUUGUAAUCCAAAUAAAGAAAAAUAAAAGAAAAACUUACAAUGCAAAGAUGAGGAGAAUGAGGAAUGGGCAAAAAAAACCAAAAAAAACCCGAAAACAGACAUAGACUUGGACAGGCGUGGCAAGAAGGACACAGAUGAGUGGCAUGAGUGAUAAUGAGUUGACAGGAAAUUAACUGAUUUAGCUUAAUAAAAAAAAAAA